AUGUGGAACACCUAUUCUCAUGCUGCUGAAAUCGAAGGAAAAGUGAAAAUUGGAGGUGCUGAGUUCAUUGUGGAGAAGGGAAAUACUACUAGAGCUUAUGGUGAUUCUAACUGGGGUGAAAUGAUGCCCUCCUCGCCACCAGAACAAAAGCCUAGCGCAAAAUAUGCAUGGGGAUGGUACUAUCUAAACAUUCCAUCCGAUGAUAAGUCUCAAGAGCUCAGUAUUAUCGCUGGUACUGGUCUCAGUUAUGCGGAUGCACUCCUACGUACCAUGGAUGGCCGUUUCUGCGAUAUUCGUUUGGAUGGAAAAACACAUGUGGAACUAAGAAUGAUACAAGUCUGGGAAUUGACAUUUGAUUCAUGUAAUGAUGGAAACCUAUAUCGAUUUGAUGUGGAGCGUAGUAACUGGACUAAUAUUACCGACUCGUUCGGUAAUGCCACUAUACCACUUCGUCAACUCGUUACACUAGAAAGUGACAGUUAUUUGAUCACAAUGGAUUUUAAUAGCAUCAUAACUAAUUAUAACCGAUUACUGUUCCCCUUCACUGAUUAUGUGUUCUCAGAUUUCGAAGGCCUAGGUGUAUCGACAAAUCUAUUGAUCAUUGAAAAGAAAACUGGAAAGACUUUAAGAAACGAGACCGUGAAAAGUGGUGGAUUAGAGUAUGGAUAUCGAUUUGAUGUGGUUGUACCACCUCUUCCUAAAUAA